AAGACACCGAGUCGGGACGAUCACAGUGCUUACAAUCGAUGCAGGACGACCGCACUAAAAUAGUCCCCAUUAACUGGCUUGCUGCAAUCAAAAGUUCUCUUCUCGUCUCGUGGAGUCAGUCGAUGAAUCUCUGUCCUUGAGUUUCAAGUCCUGCAGCUUCUCGAUACCUUGACCGCAAUCUUCACUCCGGGACUUCCCAAGAACGGAACCCAGCCCUGACGAGACUCCAGAACGGCCCCAUCAGCCAACAGCUUGCAGACGAUUCCAUAGGGCAGCCACUUGGGAUCGCCACACAUCACCACCCGUUGACCAUCUCCAUUUGCUGCAGGACAAGGCCGCCCAGACUUACUCUCUUUCCUCGGCAAGCCACCAUGGGACCGAACAAAACCCUCGAGAUGCCCCCUUCCGGAGCCUCGCUUCCCAUCGUUGACGUUGAAAAGGCGGCAUCAGAAGACGCAAGGACACGCUCGACGAGACCAGAGGACCAGAGGUUACCAACCAACACCACUACCGACAACAAGAUGAACUCGUCGAGGCGCGCUCUCUUGAGCGUCACUCUGUGCCUCUUGUUCUUCUUCGGCUUGACAUCGGCCGGACCAUCGAAGUGGCAGCAGAGGGUUCAGUGUCGUGAGGGAGCUGCAUCGGCGGAGGGCGAGAACCUCCAGUCCCUGCUGGAUGCGGCAUCGAAAGACUCUCUUCACAACAUCCUUCACAAAGCAUUUCCUGGGCGGUUCCAGCACGGAGUAUGGGAGUCGGAGAAGCAAGCCAUCGAGGCCGUUCACCGGGACAACGCCCCUCUUGCGACAGCAGUCUUGCGCAUGGCCAAGCGUGAUGACUCGAACACCACCAUCGCUUCGUCAACUCAGCAACCGACUUCUUCGGCCUCAUCCAGCGCUCAGGCUACUUCGUCGUCAAGCUCCGCGCAGCAAGUCACCACCAGCUCUUCGUCAUCGAGUGUGCCUGCGCCCGAGCCGUCAACCACCACCCAGGUUCCUCCCGUCACUAUCACCACUACUUCGACCACUUCGACCACCUCGACCAUUUCAACCACCUCGACCACUUCGAUCAAGUCAACAUCCUCCUCGGCACCUCAGGCUAGCCCCAGCUCAACUGGUACGUCCGUGAGCGAAAGUGAGAGAACUCUCGUCCUGAUAUCAACGUCGUCUUCUGCGUCUUCUGUGUCGUCUUCCGAGCCGUCUUCUGAAGCCGGAGUGUCUUCCACCACUUCUUCUUCAUCUGUCUCUUCAACCACCUUGAGCACCACCUCCAAGGCCAAGCCCCAGACAACCGAGCAACCACAGACCACCCAGCAGCCUCAACAACCCAACGAGCCCAUGACCCCCAGCUCCAAGGUCAUCGUCCAGACUUUGACCUCGACCUCGGACGGCGUCGAGGUCAUCGUGACCCAGACCAGCACCGUCCGCGUCGACCUUACCCCCACAGUGGGCGCCGGCACCACCAGGGCGUCUCCCAGCCUUCAGACCGAGAAUGCGGCCUCUUCUCUCCAGCAGCAGCCGGGAUCGGGGCGGUGGCUGAUGGUCGUUGAGGCUGUCGUGUUGGGAGCGCUAUUGUUCGGCUUUGCUCUUGCUUGAACGUGAGCGCGGAUAAAGUUGCUUUUUUUAUUUUCGUCUUGGUAUAUGGGUUUUGGCUUUGGCUUUGGCUUUUCAAAUUUGCGUUUCGUUUGCCUUAGCACUGCAUUGCGUCGGUUACUUACGUCACGUCACUUACAUUCUUUUUCUGUUGUUCUUGCAUUCCAUGGUUUACAACAACACCACGCACACAUACACACAUAUACACAGGCAUUCAUUUCUGCGGCGGCGCGCUGCCGUCGUCGCGAUGUAUAUCCACAUUCUUUUUUCCUGGGACAAAAAAGGGCAUUUGUUUACCGAUACUUGGUGACAAAAGUGGCAGGAGGCAAUUUGGUAAUUUGGUAUAGGGAAAGGUUCAUGCAUAGAGAUUUGGUUAGGCUAUCUACAGUUUUGGAACAGGAUAAUUUGUGGUCUGUACGAUGUGCAGGCAGGACAAAAGGGGCGAGCUAGGUUGUCACUGGGUGACCCUCAAGAAGUGGGAAACUCGUGGUAAAGGAGGAAUGGUUGGAUGGGAUAUAGGUUUUUACAUAAGAACGGACAACGUGCGUACAUAGUAUCUGGAUGGUAUGAUGGAAUGAAUUAGAAUGACCAUCAACAUUGUUGAGACUGGUACCG